AUGAGCCACGGCGUGGCGGCCAGGAAGCGCUUCGGCGGCGUCGGCUUCGCGCUCGGCUGCGGCUGCAAGGACCCCAAGGCCGUCGCCGUGGCGGUGGCGGUGGCCGCCUCGUCGCCGCGCUCCGGCACGGAGGCGUCCACGGCGACCACGGCCACGUCGCGCAGGGCGAGGACGCACCCGUCCGGGUCGGGGUCCACCGGCACGCUCACCGUGCCCUCCGCCUCCUCCUCCUCCUUCCUCUGGGAGGACGCCGAGGCCGACGGCGACGAGGUCGAGUUCAAGCGGCCCAGCUCCGCCACCACGCCCAGCUUCUCCGGCCUGCUGCGCGAGCUCAGGGAGCUCGAGCAGAGCGUCAAGUCGUCCUGCGCACGGAAGAGCCCCGGGAGAACCCACUUCUCCCCACCGCCGCCGCCUCCUCCUCCUCCAGCCCCGCCGCUGCCUCCGCGACCCGCGCACCGUCGAGCUGACAAGGCCAGCAGCAUCAAAGAAGGCCACGGGAGCUUCUCGCCGCCGUCCCCUCCUCCACCCCCACCGCCGCCCCCGCCUCUCCGGCCACCGCAGCGUCGAGUCGUGCGCAGCGACGAGAAGCCCAGCAUCAAAGAAGAAGGCCACGGGGACUUCUCGCCGCCGCGGCCGCAGCCGCAAUCUCUGACCCAUCAGCAUCGGAGGGCGAGGAGCAUCGACAAAGUCAACGGACACGAAGGAGGAGACCCGCGAUUCACGCCGCUGCCACCUCGCCCGCUGCCUCCUCCGCCGCCGCUGGAGCCGCUCCCGCGCGCGAAGACCGAGGAGGAUGAUCCGGGUGCCAAGAAGAAGAUAGAAGACAUUCCGAAGCGCGCGUCGACGCCGCCGAAGCACCGGAAAGCGAGGAGCUGCGACGCCACCGGCAAUACCAACAGCUACAGGCUGGACGGGAGCGUGGCGGUGGUGAAGCAGUCGGAGGACCCGCUGGCCGACUUCCGGCGGUCGAUGCUCAACAUGAUCGUGGAGAACGGGAUCGUGGCGGGGGACGAGCUCCGCGAGCUGCUGCGACGAUUCCUCGCGCUCAACGCGCCCCGACACCACGACGCCAUCCUCCGCGCCUUCGCCGAGAUCUGGGACGAGGUGUUCGCCGCGCCCGAAACCCAGCCGCGGGAGCAGCCUACAUGCAGACAGACGGCGGCGGCUACAAGGCAGAGGACGCCGCCUCGCCGCCGCCCGCAGCCUCCGCCGGCGUGGCGCGUGUAG